AUGCUUUCGCCUCGAAAUGCCGGGUCCAAUGGGGUAGGGGGAGGGGCAGGGGGGGAAGGGGAGUACGGAGCGGGACAGCAGAGGCGGCGGGCGGGGAGCCGGCCGUUGAUUCGCGUGAAUGAGGGGCAGCAGAUGGCGGCGCAGGUGCUGGACGCGGACGAGUACCCGGACCAGUACCCGGAGGGAUACGCGCAAGAGUACCCCGAGGAGUACGCGCAGGAAUACCCCCACGACUAUCUUGACUCGAAUGACUUCGCUUCCGACUAUUUAUCGCAGCGAGGGGCCGUGCGACGCGCCUCUGCGCCGUCGCCGUCUGGCGGGUACCAGGCUGCGGGAUUGAGCACGUCGCCGCUGCGCUCCAGCAUGGGCGCGGGGUUGGGCGCGGGGAUGAGCGCGGGGCACGUGCGGUCGGAUGCCAGUGGGGAUGGCGAGGCGGACAGAGGGCGCCACGAGCGGGGCGACCCGCGACGAGGUGGCGAGGCGAAGCAAGUGCGCAAGUUCUCGUCGCUGCCCAACUAUGCGGGCGGCACUGACGGCGCCGCGCACUCACCGCAGGAGGUAAUGAGUCCCCGCCGCGUGCCCAAGCCCGCCCGCACCGCCAUGCUGUCGGGCAUGGGCAUGGGGGGCGCGCCGACGGGCAGCUAUCAGGCGUCGUCGCGCGGCGAGGCGGAGGUGCUGCGCGGCGUGCUGGCGCUGCUGGAGGCGGUGCGGGACGACGACGUGGCGCGCGUCAACCGCAUCCUGCAGGACGCGCCCUCGCGCACCGCGCUGCUGCACUGCAACCACCCUGGCACGGGGCGGGCGGCGCUGCACGAGGCGGUGGUGGCGGGCAGCGUAGACGCCGCUGCUGCGCUGCUCGAGUGGGGGGCCGACCCCGAUGGGGGGCACGCGUCCCAGAUGCCGCCCAUACUGCUGGCGGUGCAGGCGGGCAGUGAGAAGGCGGUGACGCUGCUGCUGUCACACGGCGCCGACAUCAACGCCCACGACGCGCAGCUCUGCACCGCGCUGCACUACGCCUGCGCUGACGCCCACCGGGGCAUGAUAAAGCUGCUGCUGGUGGCGGGCGCCAACAUGUAUGCGCGCAACAGCGACGGGCUGCUGCCGCAGCAGCUGGCCAGCACGGACCGCAUCCGAGCGCUCUUCUCCAAGCUGCACGACUACCACCACCGCCACGGCCUCCUGCCCCCCCACGCGCACCUCGCCGCCUCCGCCACGCCUGCUGCUGCCAUGGGCGCGUCCCCCCCCGCCAGCCCUGGCGGCAUGGAGCGGCGCAGCCCGCAUGAGGGGGGGCUGCUGGGGGACGACUCGUGGGACGACCAAGGCAUAAACGGCGCAACGUCGCACCGAGUGGCGUCCCCCCGUGCGGGCAUGGCGCGCAUGAGGGCGGCCGCCUCCGCUGCCGUAGAGGCCACCGCCGGGGGCAGCGCGGGCAGCAUGCGCGGGCGCAUGGCUGGCGACCGGUGGGGGGGGCGCGGGGAUGAGUGGGGCAGCGGGGGGGGCAGUGAGAAGGAGGCACGGCGGGGGGGGCGGGGGGAGGAGGGGUACGAGAGUCCUGCGGAGAUGGUGGAGAGCAACGAGCAGAUCUUCCAGCAGGCGUGGGAGAACGACCGCCACGACGACUCGCCCGCUCUCCCCUGGCCCGCGCCCGCGCCCCCGCCCUCCGCCUCCUCGCCCGCCGCCCCCUCCGCCACCACCCCGCCCAGCAGUAGCAGCAGCACGGGUGGGAGGGGCGGGGGCGCGGAGGGGGAGGAGGCAGCGCCGACAGCAGCAGUGGCGCGGCGGCAGGUGCAGAUGCAUGUGAGGGACGCGGCACGCACGCUGUCGGUGGAGUCGGGGGGCGCGCACUACCAGCGGCGCAUCUUGGCAGCAGCAGCAGGGGACGCCAGCAGCAUGUCGGACGCCGAGGGCGCCUCUGGCCCCCGCACCCGCCACGCCCCCGCUGCCGCCUCCCUCAGCGGCGGCGCACGCGGCGAGGUGUCCCGCCUCGCCCGCCCCCGCAACUUUGCUGACUUUCGGGCGGAGAGACUUGUGGGUGGCGGGGCAGGGGGCGCUGGGGGAGGGGGGCCCAGAGGGUGGGCGCUGAGCGAGGGGGGUCGGAUGAUGACGUGGAGGAGAGGGCGGCAGGGGGAGGGGGAGGGGCAGGGGGAGGGGGAGGGGGGAGGGGGAGGGCAGCGAGAGAAGGGGAUGGGAGGGCGUGUGGGGCUGGGGGGCAGUGGCGUGGAGAGGCGGGGGGCGUCCACCCCGCGGGCCGUGCGCGACAACCCCUAUGCCUCCUGGAACGGCGGCGCGCUGCCAGACAGAGGCUCCCUGGCGGACAGGAGUGGGGGGGGCGCGGGUGCAGGGGGCGACAGGCAGCCACACCGGUCAGUUAGCUCUGAGGAAAGGCAGGGAGAGGGGAUGGGGAGCGGGGGGAAGGGGGGAGGGGGGAAAGGGGCAGCGCAUUUGAGGCAGGUGAGGGACAGUGGCAGUGCGGACAGUGACAGCGAGGUGGUGAGCCGGCGGUCGCGCGCCAUCAAGGCAGCAGCAGCUGGGGGCGGCCCCUCCACGCCCUCGCGCUCCCCGCCCCCCUCCGACUUCUCCCGCCGCUUCUCCUCUCUGCGCAUGGCCGAUGGCGCUGGCCCGCGCGCCAGCAGUCCCGGCAGCAGUGCGGGCGGCGAGGAGGACGCGGGCAGGCGGGGGGCAGCAGGCAGUGCGAGGGCGAGGAGUCCGCUGAGGGGCGCGCAGGCAGCGCCGUGUGACGACGACAGCAGCCCGCGCACGCCCACCGGUGGGGCGGCUCCCCCAUCGGGUGCAGCAGGCGGGGGAGGUGGUGGUAGCAGCAGCAGUGGUGGCGGCGUUGGCGGGGGAGGGCGCAUGACUCCGCGGGGGGGACGCGAGCGCAGGUCUGUGAAGUUCGCCGUGCCUGAGGGGGGCGACCGCGACCGCGACAGGGGCAGGCCCGCGAGCAGUGGCUUGGACGAGGGAGGUGCGAGCGAGGCCAGGGGGAAAGGCAAGGACGCGAGUGAGAGGGCUGAGAGGGCUGAGAGGAAGGAGCGCAGCGAUCGCAAGUGCCAGUCGUUUGUGCCGCCGUCCUCAGCUGGUGCAGGCAGGAAGAUGGGUGCAGCAUCGGUGUCAGAGGAGGAUCUGAAGCUCAUCCGUGCGGACUGGCGGGACGACGCUGCGAGGAACGGGUGUGUGGCGUGCGGGCAGUUGCAGUGCGAGUGCAAGACCCGGCCCGAGAACAGAGGUGCUGCGGCGAAGACAGGCACGGGGGACGAUGUGAAGACGGGGGAAAGCAAGGAGGGCAAGGAGAAAGGCGGGGGGAAGGAGCAGGAGAAGGAGGAGAAGGCAGGGCAGAAGGAGGCAGGGGGGCUGGUGGAGGAGGAGGAGGAGGAGGCGGUGCCGGAGGAGCUACUGGAGGACGACCCCGAGGUGUCACCGCUGGGCACCAUGAAGUGGAAGCGCGGCGAGCUGCUGGGCGAAGGGGCGUACGGCAAGGUGUUUCUGGGGCUGAACGAGCGCACGGGCGAGCUGAUGGCGGUGAAGCAGAUGAAGAUCAACGCGGGCGACGAGCGCGCCAUGCACAUCGCAGCCUUGGAGCGCGAGAUCGUGCUGUACCGGCGCAUGCGGCACCGGCACAUAGUGGGGUACAUCGACAUGGAGAAGGACCCCUCCGACGGCUCCAUCUACAUCUUCCUCGAAUUCGUCUCUGGCGGCUCCAUCCACAGCAUGUUGGAAAAGUUUGGCAAGUUCAGCGAGUCGCUGGUGCGAGUGUACACGAGGCAGCUGCUGCUGGGGUUGGAGUAUCUGCACCGAUGCAAGAUCAUCCACCGCGACAUCAAGGGGGGGAACGUGCUCGUGGACCGCGAUGGGGUCAUCAAGCUUGCUGACUUUGGGGCCUCCAAGGCGUUUCAGGAGGGCACGGUGGGAGAGGGGUGCAAGUCGAUCCGCGGGUCGGUGUUCUGGAUGGCGCCCGAGGUGAUCACGGGCGCGGGGUACGGCCGCAAGGCCGACAUCUGGAGCCUCGGCUGCACCGUCAUUGAGAUGCUCACCGGCAGCCACCCAUGGCCGGGCAUGGACAACACGUGGUCGGCCAUAUUCCACAUCGCCAAGACCACCACGGGCCCACCCACCCCCGAGGAGAGCAGCGACGAGGGCCGUGACUUCCUCGCCGCCUGCUUCCAGCUCGACCCCGCCCUCCGCCCCUCCGCCGCCCAGCUUCUGCAGCACCCGUUUGUGCAGGUGCCUGACACGCCCAGGGAUGCACGCAUGGCCGGCUUCGGAUGA